CAGCUUGUUGCAUCUUUCUCGAUGUAUAGAAUGCCAUACAGCUUGCGAAGGUUACAAACAAGUCCAGCAGCGCGUCACAUAUUAUUUACACGUCAUCUGCAGACGGACAGAGAUUAAAUGCAGGAUGCAUGUGAUCAGACAGUUUUGACCGGCAUCUAAAAAUAGGUCAAGUAGUGAUCUCGGUCUGACCUCUAAUUUAAUAAAACGAGACGAUCGAACACCCCUUCUCCACGGAUACGUCGAGUUAUUUGCUAUUGUCGUAAUUUCCGAUCGAUAACACAAUUUCGUGUCCUCGUCUCAUUUUGCACGUUGUUAUGUUAAUAAUCUAAUCGAGACGAGAAUCCAAUUUGUAUGAGACUUAUUACACAACACUAAAGUGGAAACAUGAGACUUUGGGGAGUCGUUUCGUCGUCAUCGGCUAAAUUGGCGACAGACAAAGUGAAUCACAUUAAAACUUUUGACGAAAUUCCAGGACCGCGACGAUUCCCGGUUGUUGGAACUUUGUACCAGUAUAAGUUACCGGGUUGGCUCGGAGGUCAUGAAAUGUCACGGUAUCACAUCGCUUUACGCGACAUGCAUGCCAAAUAUGGCCCCCUGGUUCGAGAACAGCGCGGGGAUCACGCCCUCAUCCAUGUCUUUGAUCCGGACGAUGUGAAAGCAGUGUUCAGCGUGGAGGGGAAAAGCCCCACAAUUCCGCCGCUACAGGAAGCCACUCAAUUUUACAGAACAAAGAGGGAGCUAUCUCUUGGACUAGGAAAUACAAAUGGCGACGAGUGGUACCGUUUGAGGAGUGCGGUUCAUAAGAUGAUGCUCCGGCCGAAAGAGGUUUCAUACUAUUUGCCCUUCGUGGACAAAGUAGCGAUCGACUUUAUGGGACGAAUUGAACAAGAAUGUUCCAAGAAGGAUGACCGCAUUGUCGAAAAUCUUAGGGAGCUGGUGGGCAAGUGGAUUUUGGAGUCCGCUGGGAUGAUAUGCUUCGAGAAACGGUUGGGAGGUUUCGCCGAGAAUGAGAGCCUAGUCGAAAAAAUGAUUGCAGCGAACAAGCAGAUUUUUAUAAUUGCUGGCGAGCUCAAGUUGUCCCUCCCACUUUACAAGUAUUUUCCCACGCCCAGAAUGAAGCGCUUUUUCGACGCGGAGGAUUUCUUUUACGACCAUGCGAGUAAAUUCAUUCACGAAACGAUCCAAGAAAUUCAGAAUUUAGCCAAAUUAGGGAAACUUGAUGCGAAUCGGUACAAUUUUUUGAGUUAUUUGUUAUCUCGGAAGGAAUUGAGUGAGAAGGAUGUCGCCAUCAUUACGUUUUCAUUAUUUGGAGAUGGGCUCAGUACGACGACGCCAACCUUCCUGUUCAACUUGUAUUUACUGGCGAAACAUCCGGACGUACAGGAACGUGUUUUUGUCGAAAUUGAGCGAAACCUUGGGAAACAGGGGGGUAUCGUCACUGUGGACGUGCUGAAUAAGUUGUCCCUGCUGAAGGCAGUGGUUAAAGAGGCGUUAAGACUGUAUCCCAAUGGGACUGAAGUAUCUCGAAUCAUACAGACGGAUUUAGUCCUAUCCAAUUACAUGGUUCCUGCAAAUACUCAUGUCGACCUGAACCAAUUUGUGCAUUUUCGGUCCCCCCAGUAUUUUCACGAUCCGGACAACUUUAUUCCAGAAAGGUGGCUGAGGGAUGAGGAAGUCGGUGAAAGUAGUAAAUCCGUUCAGAAUCAUCCCUACCUUUUCAUCCCGUUUGGACAUGGAACCCGAAUGUGUGCCGGGCGUCGUUUCGCAGAACAAGACUUACACGUCGGCCUGACCAGAAUGGUUCAAAAGUAUCGACUCGAAUUAGCAGAUCCUUCUGCAUCGCAGGAAAUGGAACAAGUUUAUGAAACCCUAUUAUUUCCAAAGCAUCCCGUCCGCAUCAAAUUUAUGCCGCGAUGAUAAAUAAAUAACGUCGUCCCCCAUCCGAAAUAUCAUGCUCAACUACAAGUAAGUCACACUGACUGAGUGUAAGCUAUGCAAAAAAUGUGCGCACAUUUGUGAGAUAAAUACACCAAGACAAACAGUACUCAUAUUUUAAAUAUAGGUCGAUUGAUCCGUGUCGCUUUGUGUCGCAGUUUAUAUAAAAAUAUGUUUAAAACGACAAUGAGACAAUUCACGCAGGGCUUUUAGCAACAUUGUAAAAUCCGUAAAUUCUGUAAACUAACAAACGUUUACAAAAUUUUACUCAUAUUUCAAAAGAAAGUUAGCUUACAGAUUUUUGUAAACUUACUCAGAUUAUGAGCUUCUAUUUAUUUUGUAAAAGUUUGUAAAAUUAGGGUACAAAAUGCACGGAUUUUACGAGUUACCAAGUAGUACGUGAAUUGCGGUGAAGUCUUAUAAAAAAUUGUCUUCCUUAAGUCUUGUACAAUUCGGAAUAAAAUAUUUCAAAUCUUUGCUUAAUCAUGUUUUCCAUGAUGCGGUAUGUAUUUAAUUUGAUUUAUUUAAAUACGGUUGACGGUUCUAACAUGACUGGAAUCAAUGCAAAUUCCAUGGUAAAUUGUUCGCAUAAAAUUUAUUAUUUGUAGCUUCUUGAUUAUCAAAUUUCUAUUUAGUAAAAUCAUUCUGUUUGUUUUUAUAAA